AGGGAAAAAACCGAAGAAGAGGAAGAAGAAGAAGAAGAAGAGAGACAAAAGGACCAGCCACUUCCGAGAAAGAUCCUUUUUCUUUUCUUUUCUGCUAUUUAUUUAUUUACCUGA